AGUCGUUUACGGUGAAAAGCUGGGUUUAACAGCUGCGCCGAAAAAUAAACUAGACGUAUUCUAAUUAGUUGACUUUCAGUUCAUUAGAAACAGUUGUGUUAUCGUUGACGUGUUUUACAACUUAACAGCAACAUCAGAGGAAGUGCAUCGGAAUGGAAUAUCUCCAGAAUGCGUUUUCGAGAACGGGCGGAUACGUCGCUACCGGGUUGGUGCUGACCGGAAGUGCGUGGUUCUUCUACCGGAAGUGGACACAACAACAGCAAGCGGAGUUCAAACCAAGGAAAUGCGGCGUUGAUUACCAGAGGGACAUUGUGGUACUUCACGGAUUUAGACGUGAUAGAUUGGUACCAAAUCUAGGCCACUUUGUCAUGAAACUAGAGACGUACCUGCGGGUGACUAAAAUACCAUACGAGUUGGAUUCCGUCUUCCGAAUAGGCCCAAAGAAAAAGACCCCUUGGAUAGAAUAUAACGGAAAGACAAUCUCAGACUCGCAACAUAUUAUAGAGUUUCUACAACAAGAGUUUUCCGUGGACCUGAAUGCCCACCUGACUUCUAAAGAAAGGGCCCACGCCUGGUCUAUACAAAAGUGGCUGGAAGAGUUCACAUACUGGUUAAACGUGCAUACACGCUGGGUUAUUUUUUCCGACGAGUUUUUUGCCAUGGCAUCCACGUUGCCAAAUAUUGCUCGACUCAAAAAAGAAACGAAAACUAGAUUAAAAAAUAUGACGUAUACAGUCGGUAUUGGUCGUCAUAGUAACGAAGAAAUUCACCGGAUGAUGGUGAACGAUAUAAGAAUGUUCGCCGAAAUCUUAGGUGACAACCGGUUCGUCAUGGGUGACCGGAUAUCCGAUGUGGAUUGUGCGGCAUUCGGCGUCCUCUCGCAGGUGCGUUGGGGCACACCCACUACUUGUCCAGGGGCCUCCAUGCUCAGAGAUGGAGGCCUGAAGAACGUGACUGAUUAUCUGGACCGUAUUAAGGAUCUGUACUGGCCAGACUGGGAUACCCUCACCUCAUGACACUUGUCGUAGUAGAGUACGGCGGUGAACUCACCUCUAGCUAGAAUCUAAACCAGAAACUGCAUUUGCUAACCUAUUUGUUUACCUAAUCAACAUACACAAACUUACGGUAACUAGAGUGUGUACACGAUGUGGACGUCACGUGGAUUUUGUUUUUGCGAUUGUAUUAAAUAGAUCAAUAUCUAAAUGUAAAAUCAUGCUUACUUUCAGACAUCGAAUGAUUUAAAGAUAUAUACUUAACAAAUAUUGAUUUAUUUAAUAAAUUUGUAAUGUUGAAGAAAUAAACUUCUUAUGGUCAAUGAUUUUUUAAAAAUAAUAAUAUAUUGAA